AUGGGUAAUCCAACCGAUAGCACGAAGUCGAUACCCUAUAUCAACGAACAAUCACAACCCCCAAAGCUCCCAAAUUUCAACGAAGCUGACGUCGUUCGCCGGCUAGAAACCUGGAAUGUUAGAUAUGACUUCACACCCACAAUGUUCAGGAAAACAUCACGACUUCCAUGGGUUUAUAUGGACUUAGAAGAACAUCCAAUUGAAUGCAAGAGAUUGUUCAAUCACGACCGCAUCACCAAUGAAAAAACAAGCAUUCCAGUUCCACGACUUCUCGAUUAUGGUGUAAAUCCAGAUGGUACACGAUACCUUGUGACGGAACUCAUCAAUGGCGUUAAUCUCAACAACUUGCAUGCGUUAGGAUGCCUAGUAACAGCUGGCAAAAAACAUACAGAAGAAGCUUCUUGCGAUACGUGUGUGCGCAGAGCAUAUUCCAGCGCCAUAAACUUCGUAGAAAAUACUUUGCCCAUUGAUACGCAAGAACCAUGGAAAGGAAGGAAAGAACCGUGGAAAACUCUCCCGCUCGCAACUCCCGAGUACGUUUUCCAACAUGGAGACUUAGCAGCCCAUAAUCUUCUCAUAGAUACGGAAACUUUCCAAUCUAAAGCUUUGAUCGAUUGGGAAUUCGCUGGUUAUUAUCCCUCCGGAAUGCAUCUGUGGCCUAGAGCAUUGGAUUUUCGUACAUAUGUCCGUUGUGCUAGGGCUGAUAAUAUGGCGGAGUUGAUCAGGAAAUAUGUUCCCGAGGACUUUUUAGAGGCUUGUGGUCAAUUGGAGGAUAGAGAGGCUUUUGACUUGUUGGUUAGAUCGGGAUAUUUUCCGGAUCCUGACGAUUUGAGAGCAUCUAUGUCAACGCCGGACAUCCAGAAAGCCUAA